AUGUCGGAGAAGAGGGGGAAGCGAUGGAUCAAUAUCUUCAGCCUGGAGACCUGGUGGCUAUCAGCUCGUACUGUGGAUGGUCUGUUGAGCUUCGCGAUCUACGUCCGAUCCGUCCAAAAACAGCAGCAAUUUUACACAGAACGAGGGAAAUGGCGAAUAGCUCACAGUAAGGACCUGGAUUACGUGGUCAAGCAGUUCGCUCCUCGAGAAUUGGUUGCUCCCCUCUUGCCACACUUCCCGGACAAGCUUGCGCAACUGAGUUUCGAAAUGCAGUCCUCCAUUGAAGGUGGAGUGCCGAGACCGAUUGGCGCUCCAUUGCUGCAGAGUAUGAUUGACUUCGACACGAAACUCCAGGAGUUCUAUCGAGAUCAUGCGCAAACAUUGGACAACAUUCACGAAACUGUGGCAGAUGAGGAAGAUAGGUUGGCGUACACCCUGGAGGAACUAGCUUGCAAGGCUCUGGGUAAGGACAAGGAGGAGCUGGAUGAAACGAUCCUCUUCGCCGUGCAUCAGGCCGUGCGUCGAAAGCCAUUUCUUAUUGAGAAUGACCGGAGUUCCUUGUUCACAAACCAUUACCUUGUUCAACCUAAGCGAGUUGCCAAAGUCCUGGAUCAAGUUGUGCAAUGGACGCAUGAACAUCAGGACCACCUCCUCCGUGCUGCGACAGGCAGGGUAUCGGGCCGGGAUGUGCCCAAAAUUACGGACCAUCCCAUGCAAAGAUUUCUCCAGAAGGCUCAACGUCUCAUAGCACUUAGCAGAAGGGCACGGUCACCAACCACGAUGGCAAGUGUUGGUCCGACAGCCCAGCGGUAUGAGCCUGGGCAAGAUGGAAAACCCAUGGUGUAUCGCGAAAUGCCGACUGAACCGUUUAACGACAACGAUCGGAAGAUUAUCGAAUACCUUUUGCUAUGGUGCAUACCCCCCAGGAGAAUGACCUCUGGGAGCUUGAGGUCGACAGGUUCCUAUAUCAUGCGCGCAACCGGCAUGUACACGACCCUCGAUCUCAACGCGUCGACGGUACAAUUGUUUCUGCAAGAACUAGGGGUAAUAGCUCCAUGGGAAAAUCUGCGGUUACUGGAUCAGAGCUUAGCCCUGCCAGGGCAUGGCAUUUCUAAAAAGUCGGAUGCGAUGUGGCAGAACGUUCAGGAAGCGUGCGAGAAGCUCAACAAGGAAGGCCUGUCAGACAGUAUGGAGAGCCUACGGACUGACUGGGGCGAUUUGGCGGUCUACUGCGUGGACAACCCUGAUGCGCAGGAGAUUGAUGAUGGAGUUUCCCUGGAACGCGUUCCAGGCUCGACCGACACGUUCUGGAUACGUAUUCACAUUGCCAACCCGUCGGCUUUCGUCAACCGCGACAGCACCAUCAUGGAAUACGCCGCCAUGCGUAAUCAGACCCUCUACGUCCCGGAGCGUACAUACCCGAUGCUUCCCAGCUCGCUGACGCAGAGCCACUUCAGUUUGGCCCCUGGUCGUCCCACCCUCACAUUCAGCGCCAAGAUCAACCUUCAGGGAGAAGUUCUUGAAACAGAGAUCGCCAAUGGCAUUGCCAGGAAUGUGAUCUAUAUUACGCAUGACAAGCUGCGAAGUCUUUUUGAGCCCAGUACUGAUUCUCCUGAAGUCUUGGCGGUGGGCGGGCAGUUUACCAAGGAGCACUCGCGCGAGGGGAUGCGCAGCACUCUGACACCAGAAGACCAGGAUACCUUCCAUACGUUACGGAAGCUGAUGCUCGCAUUUCGAGAAUACCGGCUCAAGAACGGAGCAAUGGAGUUGCCUUCGCGACCCGACACGUCCGUCUCCGUUAUCCCUGGCACCGAAUCCAUGAGACCCUUCAACAUGGACGUCACAAAUGGUCACUACUUCCUCGGUGACCCGAUCAUCCAGCUGCGUUCUGGAAACACCAACCCGCACGAAGUGCCCGACGUCACGAAGCGCAAUCUCAUCUCCACCCUGAUGAACUUCGCCUGUUGGGUCUCCGGGAAGUGGUGCGCCGAGCGUAACAUUCCGGCCGUCUACGACGGAACCUGGUACCACCCCGAGUACCCAAGACUCACGAACGAAAACGCCGCCGGCUACGGCGGACAGGGAUGGCUGCACUACGCAGCGCCGAAGGGCAUCUCGUCCUCGACGCCCGUCCCCCACAUCCCCCUUGGCCUCGACACCUACGUCAAGUCAACAAGUCCCCUCCGGCGAUACAUCGACCUCAUCGCCCACUACCAGAUUGAAGCGGCGCUCCGGUUCGAACACGAGCACAGCCGCCAGCUAGACGCCACACAGGACACGGCAGUCCUGCCAUUCUCCCAAGCCGACGUCGACGAGUACAUCUCGCGCUCGCGCUGGAAGUCCAACCGCAUCCGAGACUGCGACACCGCAUCCAAGCAGUUCUGGGCAUGCAUGCUCCUCUUCCGCGCCUUCUACUUCGGCGAAUGCGACCUCCCCGAGACCUUCACCUGCCUGGUCCACAAGCCGUACAACAGCACCCCGAUGGCAGGCACCGAGUUCGGCCAGGGAUACUCGGGCGUCAUCACGUCGCUGGGCGUCCGCUGCCAGAUCCUCGCGCCAAAUAUGCCGGACAUCGAUAUCCUUAGCAUCGUCACCGCCAGGAUCACGUCCGUCGAUCUCUCCCGGAUGAUUGUCGUCGUGGAGGCGACGCAGGUGCUGAAGCAUUUUGAACGGGUUGGCGAGUGGCGGUGA